GCACUGAACCUCCCGGCGGGAUUAAAGCACAUCAGAGGCGUCAUCAAGAGCUGCAGCAGGAUGUUCACAUACAGCGUAUCUGUCGAGACUGGAGACCAGGCGUUUGCUGGCACUCUGAACUACAUUUACCUGACGCUGGUGGGCGAUAAGAGAAGCAGCGUCCGAACUCUGCUGGACAAAUCCUGGCUUAAACGUUUGGAAAGAGGAACGGUGAUUUCCAUUGACGUUCAUGUGGAGGAGACUCUUGGAGAGCUUCUGCUGGUCAAACUGGAGAAGGAGAAAACCCUGAUCAAUGAUCAAUGGUACUGCAGGAGCAUCAGCGUAACAGCACCCACCGGAGACUGCUUCGAGUUCCCCUGUUAUCACUGGAUAGCGGAUCAACAGGAGCUGGCGCUUCCGGAAGGCCGGGGUCGAUUGCCUCAGGAUGAAAAGCUCUCAAUACUGAAACAGUACAGGCACAAGGAACUGGAAAACAGACAAAAACAAUUUAGGUGGAAUGAAUGGAAAGCUGGUUUACCACUGUCCAUAGAUGCCAAUGGCUGCUCUGAACUGCCUCUGGACGUUCAGUUUGAUACCGCAAAAUCAGUGGACUUCAGUGUGAAUUUCCUAGAGGGGAUCAGGAUUCUUGGUCUUAACAAACUUAAGAGUGUGUUCCAGUCUUGGAAAGACUUUGCAGAUUUUGAAAAAGUGUUCAUAACCAUCAAGAACACCGUGUCAGAGUAUUUGAUGGAGAACUGGACUGAAGAUGCAGUGUUUGGUUAUCAGUUCUUAAAUGGCAGCAAUCCUGUGAUGAUCAAAAAGUGCAGGAAACUUCCAGACAAGUUUGUGGUCACGCAGGAGAUGGUGGAGGACUCCCUGGAUAGAGGAACCACACUGCAGGAGGAAUUACAGGCAGGAAACAUCUACAUAGCAGACUAUGAAAUACUGGAGGACGUUCAACCCAAUGACACAGACUCCAGCACCCGGCAGUAUUUGGCCGCCCCCUUCUGCCUGUUUUACAAGAACAGCCAGAACAAAAUCAUACCAAUCGCCAUUCAGCUCAGUCGUGAGGCUACUCCAGGACAGAAGAACACAGUCUUUCUGCCCAGCGAUAAUCACUACGACUGGUUGUUAGCCAAAAUGUGGGUGAAAUCCUGCGACUUCAACGUACACCAGCUCAUCACACACCUUCUCAGGACACACCUGACAUCUGAGGUGUUUGCCAUAGCCAUGUUCAGACAGCUCUCUGCUGUCCAUCCUGUGUACAAGUUACUGAUCCCUCAUGUCCGUUUCACCAUUGCCAUCAACACUUCAGCUCGUCAAACACUCAUCAACGACACUGGGGUCUUUAAUAAGGCUAACAGCACUGGAGGAAUUGGAGUUUUGCAAGUGGUCCACAGGGCCAUGAAGACAUUGACCUAUAAGUCCAUGUGCUUCCCUGAGGCUAUGAAAGCUCGAGAUGUUCACGACCAGGAAGAUCUGCCCAACUACUACUAUAGAGACGAUGGCAUGCUGGUCUGGGAGGCUGUGAAAAGCUUUGUCUCUGAUGUGGUGGAGAUCUACUACAGUAGUGAUGAGACCGUUCUGGAAGACGAGGAGAUCCAGGCGUUUGUUCAGGAUGUUCACUCCUCUGGUAUGAAGAAUUGUCCCAAUAGUGGGGAGUUUCCAAACAUGCUGAGAACCCGGGAGCAGCUGGUUGAGUAUCUGACCGUGAUGAUUUUCACAGCUUCAGCUCAACAUGCAGCAGUCAACUUUGGACAGUUUGACUGGUUUGCUUGGGUCCCGAACACUCCGUCCACCAUGCGGAAACCUCCUCCCACAGAGAAAGGCAAAGUGGAUAUGAAGUACAUCAUGGAGAGUCUGCCGGACCGCGGACGCUCCGGCUGGCACCUGGGAGCACUUUGGUCGCUCAGUCAGUUCCAGGAUAACGAGCUGUUUUUAGGCGAAUACCCUGAUAAGUACUUCACCGAAGAACCAGCCAUUGAAGCUAUUAAGAAUUUCCGCAAGACAUUAGUUGACAUCACAAAGAUCAUCAAGAAGAGAAAUGAAACUCUGGAGCUGCCCUACUGGUAUCUGUCUCCAGACAGAAUCCCCAACAGCGUGGCCAUCUGAAGAAAACAUCUGUCAUACAUCCACAAAAGCUGUUCACAGCACAUCUGCACAGCACGUCACUUAAAAAAACGCCAGCAAAACACUGGGCUAUUAUCACUCAAUCAAAAUAAACGUGCAAGCAACAAAUUACUGCCAAUAUUUACUGUACUUCAGAGAUGCAUGGGUGGCUAAUGAGAAUUUUUAUAAUUAUUUAUAAUCAGUUUGGCAUUCACACAGUUGUUAUUUGAUUUUAAUCAAACAUCACAUAUUUAUUAUUGUGUUUUUGUGUUUUAUAUAAUUCUUUAUUUUCCAUUGUUUGUAAAGUUUCAUAUUAUUUGUAAUUGUCAUCGGGAGUAACAGCCAUUUCUUUUUUUUUUUUUAUAUUACUGGACAAUGGUUUAAAUGAUAUUUCUUGUAUAAUAACACUGGGUGGAUUUGUACUGAGCAUUAAAAUACACUGAAGUUCAUUCAAUAAACUAACUAUACUUUCCCA